CCUCAACAACACAUCACGAAAAAAAGAAUAUUUUUUUUUUCCUCUCCACAAUAAAGACACACAUUCAAUUUAGAUUAAAUGAGAUCGAAAGACAGAAGUGAAAAAGUACUUUUUUUAUUAUUUUCAAAUCAAAGACAAACUUUUUAAGUUUAUUUUUCAAACGAAACUCACCGAAAGUCCAACCAAAGCGAUGUCAUUUUCCCGUCAAAUUCUCAUCUUCAUCUGCAUUUGGGGUCUGCUGAUUUACUUUUUCCUUAUCAAACUUAAUCCAACGUCGCGCAGCAAAGAGACGGACGAGAUUGAGCGACUCAAUUCAGCACUGCUGUACCUUGAGAAGUCAAAGGCAAUAGACAAUGAGUUGAGGAGACUACUGGAUGAAUAUGUCAACGAUGUUGCAAGUCCAGAGCAGAAAAGUGAACUUUUAAAGCGAAUCAGUUCGAAAUUUCAAGAUGUGACGUCGUCAAGCACUGGAUUAUCGUCAAAUGGAGUUCCAUCAUAUGAAUAUGAGCAGCUGAGGCGACGUGUCACGACAAAUGUUGGUGAAUUGUGGAACUAUAUGGGCACGGAGUUGUCAAAAAUUGAAAAAUCAAUGAGGAGUGAAUUCGAGAUGCAGCAAUCGAUAAAACAAAUGAAGAAUUUUAUGGAGCUCGCAAGGGAGCACAUACGAUCCCUAACAACAGACCUUAACACAAUGAAAGGUGCUGACGGUUACGAAGCCUACCGCCAUAAAGAGUCAAAAGCUCUCAGCGAUCUCGUACAAAAGCGACUUCACUACCUUCAAAAUCCUUCCGAUUGCUCGACAGCAAGAAAACUAGUUUGUAAGAUAAACAAAGGCUGUGGCUUUGGUUGCCAAUUACAUCAUAUUGUCUACUGCUUUAUCAUGGCAUAUGCAACUGAGCGAACACUGAUUCUUAAAUCGAAAGGAUGGAGAUAUCAUAAAGGAGGUUGGGAAGAGAUUUAUCUUCCUGUCAGUGAGACAUGUCUGGACUCUGAUAAAGGAUCACAGGGAACGUGGCCACAGCAGGAUGUUCAAGUCAUGUCAGUGCCAAUUAUUGAUUCAUUGAAUCCACGUCCAUCUUACCUUCCACUUGCCAUCCCAGCUGAUUUAGCACCAAGACUGACAAAACUUCAUGGCGAUCCAAUUGCUUGGUGGAUUGGACAGUUGUUAAAGUACAUCCUUAAGCCACAGCCCGAGACACUCGAGAUGCUCGAAAAUGGCAAAAAUAAAUUAGGAUUUAAGAAACCAAUUGUUGGUGUUCAUGUCCGACGUACUGAUAAAGUCGGAACGGAAGCAUCAUUCCAUAGUCUAGAAGAAUACAUGAAAGGCGUCGAUGACUACUACGACCAGCUGGAAAUGGUCGAGCAUGUUGAUAAAAGACGAGUUUAUAUAGCUAGUGAUGAUCCAAAAGUAAUUGAUGAGGCAAGGCGGAAUUAUCCGCAAUAUGAAGUAAUUGGUGAUCCAGAAAUCGCAAAGGUUGCUGCUGUGUCGACGAGAUAUACGGACUCGUCGCUCAAUGGAAUCAUGUUGGAUAUUGAUUUACUAUCUAAAUGUGAUUAUCUUGUGUGCACUUUCAGUUCGCAAGUUUGUCGUGUAGCCUAUGAGAUAAUGCAAACAUUGUAUCCAGAUGCAUCGAGUAAAUUUAAGUCAUUAGAUGAUAUUUAUUAUUAUGGUGGUCAAAAUGCCCAUAACGUGAUAAGUGUUAUGGAUCAUCAACCAAAGAGCGCCGAGCAAAUUCAAAUCAAGACUGGCGAUCUGAUAGGAAUCGCUGGUAAUCACUGGAAUGGAUUUUCAAAAGGCAAAAAUGCUAGAACAAAUCAAAAUGGACUUUUCCCAUCAUUUAAAGUGAAUAACAAAGUCGAAGUAGCUGAUUUUCCAACAUAUAGUCACGUCGAGUGAGAUAGAUUUUAAUAUUAAAUCAACAAGUCAAAAUUAUCAAAAACAAUUUCGAGUAAAUUUGUGGAAGUAAUUUAAAAAAAUUAUGAUAACGAAAAAUAUCAAUGGAAUUUAGCAGGAUUCAAACU